AUGUCUACUGUUCAAACUGACAUCUCCAAUGCUACUAACACGCCACAACGGUCUGCCUUUUCUAAUUUACUAAAGCACAAAAUUGGUAAAUUUCAUAAUGCUCGCAAGAGAUUAUCCUCACGUAGUAAAAGUAGCCCGGCGUUGAUGGAUUCCAAGAUUCAUCCAUCAAAAUCAAACAAGCCCGUACUCAAAAGACAAAAGUCCAUUAUCGAUGAGAUUCCAAGCUGUCAAACCAUCCUUGACUUGACUAUUUUAAAGGGGGAUGACCUAACGUAUGCGACUCGAUCACUCAUUUCUACGCUCUUUGCUCCAAUGAAAGAAGAUCAAGAUAUCAAGUUAGACCGUGUCAGCGGCGCCAUGACAAACGCUGUAUUUUUCGUUACGAUUGGCGAUAGUAAACGUAUGCUGUUGCGUGUUUACGGUGUGGGAUGUGAUCAAAUCCUGGACAGAAACAAAGAACUCGACUGGCUGAGCCGCUUGUCUCAACUGGGCAUCGGUCCCAAGCUGCUUGGCAUCUUUGGCAAUGGCAGAUUCGAAGAAUACCUCCCAUCCACUACGCUCACUCGUCAAGAUAUCCGUGAACCUCAGAUUUCUACUCAAAUCGCAUCCCGGUUACACCAACUGCACUCUAUUGUUGAAACAUUCCCACCUGCUCACAAUGAAACAUUGGAAGUGUGGGCCAACAUUGAUAAAUGGUAUACCACAAUCACAACUGAACUGAUACCUGCUUUGAGCAAAAACGAGACAUGGAAAUCUCAGCUAGAAGUACUUGAUCUGAAUCGAUUAGGUCAUGACAUCCAGCAAUGCAAGCGUGUAUGUCACGACAGCCCAAUCGUUUUCGCUCAUAAUGAUUUACAAUAUGGUAACAUUUUGAAAAUUAACGGCACAGAUGAACUCGUCGUCAUAGAUUUCGAAUAUGCUGGAUACAACCCUAGAGCUGUUGACAUUGCUAAUCAUUUCUGUGAGUGGAUGUACGAUUAUCAUGCCAGCGAUUCUGCUACCAUGCAUUUGGAUCAGUAUCCCUCUUUGCAAGAACAACAUAUGUUCUUGGCAUCCUAUCUGCACACACAAGAUCAGUCGCUGGUGAUGGAAUUGCAAAAGGAAGUAGAUCAAUGGAAGAUGGCUUGUCAUUUGUUCUGGGGAUUAUGGGGUUUGGUCCAGGCAAGUCAAAGUGAAAUCGAUUUCGAUUACUUUAAUUAUUCUGUCCAGAGAAUCAAUGAAUUUAGAGCUAAUCUUGUACAAUAUUGUAAAUGA